AUGGCCGUGUUGGAUAUCCUCAACAAGGGAUUUUUCUCUCCUCGAUUCAUGCUGCCACUUCAUCUUGUCCAAUUUCUUCUCAUAGCUGUUGCAAUGGGUCUCUCAGUUCCUCGACUCUUCAUGAAGAACCAACCCCGCACCCGUGCUAAUACAAUUGCUCUUGGAAUGGGUGCAAAAUCACUCAUCUUCCUCCUCUACCAGCUUCUUUCGGAAUACUCCCGCCCAUUCAAGCGCUGGCACAGUUACAAAGCCAAUGCCAUCAUCAACUGUUUGGAAAUCGUGUUCUGGGGCGCAGUCGCAUUUCUUGUAAUGCAAGCCAAUCUCAAGCAAUGCCAUGGCAUCUCGUGUUAUCUGAGCUGGGGAGUGGUCGGGCUGGCUAUCGUUUUAAAGUACGUGGAUGUUGUUCGCACUAUGUGUGUCUAUCUCGAUGUCAACUAA